CGCGCUCGUGCGGCGGGCGAGUGCGGGAGCCGGUCAGUCGCGCGCGGAUGUCGUGGGGCGGAGCUGCUCGCGGCCGGCGGGGUCGGCAGCCAUGGCAGCGGCGCUAGCAUGGGCCCUGCGUGCGGCGUCCUGGGCACGGCGGCCGUGGUGGCGCUCGCUACGCUGCUGGUCACUCUCGACAGGCUGGCGCACAAGGAGUACACGGAAGAGAUAGAGCGGCUACGCCGGGAAGUCUUCCUCAGCCGCGAGACAUCUGGAGUGUUCAUGUCCCUGGAGAACUACACUCGGAUGGUGAACCAGAUGGAGCAGCAGGAACAGGAGCUUGCUGGGAGGACGGCAGACAUUGUGGCGCUGACCAAGAAAAUGGAUGCCAAGGAGAAAAUGUGCCAUCAGUUGAUUACGAAGCUGGAAAGGCGAGCGGAGAGGCCAGGAGAUGCUACAAACGUGACAUGCGAUACUGCUCAGCGCGUGGACCGGAGUCGGCCCCCAGCAGCGGAGCGCCAGAUGAGCGACCAACCAAAGACUGAAGUUCCCGUGGCAGAUGCACCACACGAGAACACUGGUAUCCGGCUCUCCAGGAAGAGGCUAGCUGAAAAAGAGAAUGAUCAAAUAAUCAGGGAUUUUCGGAUGAAGUUCAACCAGAAUAUGGCCCUGCUGGAAAACAGUAUUCAGAUGUUUUCUCAGAGCUACUACAAGUUCAACACGGGUUUCCAGGAAAGUCUGGGCAGCUAUCUGGAGAAAGGUGUGGCCGACAUGUCCACUCUGAGCGAAAAAAUGUCAUCACUCAUCGAUAGCCACGAUGAGAUUGUUCAGGGAUUGGAGCGUAUGAGCUCCGAAAUGGUGCACACCUCCCAGCGCAUGAUCCAGGGACACCUGCGGACGGCCCGCAAGGCUGCGGACCUGGAGGCUGGCAAGCUGCACUCCCACUGGACCGAGGUCGCCCUGCCCGAGCUGCAGGGCCUAGCGAGGAGCCUCCAGCUGCAGAAGGGAGAGACCGCAUCCCUCAAGAGGCUCAUGUCAGACCAGUUCACACGGUACCUGCCGCAGUUGGAGAAGCACGUCUCUGACCAGAAGGAGCUGUGCGCGCGCAUCAAGGACAACUUCCUCCAGUUCGCCCGGCAGCAGUCGCAGAGGGCGGAGAAGCUGCGAAACUUCCUGGCCGUGGUGCACGACGAGGAGAGUGCGGCUGCUGCCGAGAUAUCAUCCAUUCUUCACGGAGUGACACUCGCGCUGGAGGCAAAGAAGUCUCAGUCUGCCAAGUUCCUGGAGCGCGUGUCCCGAGUCGGAGAGGAGUUCUCGCGAGAGGACGAAGCAAGCAGCAAGCUGUCGCGAGUCAUUGCGGAGGACAUCGAUCGACAAGCGAAGAAGAACAAGGAGCAGCUCGAGCUGUACCAAGACCAAAGUGAGGAGAUAAACAUCAGCAUAGAUGGUAUCAUUGACAGGUCGCUGGCGUGCGGGAGCGCGGCGGAGCGCCACCUCCGGGAGCUGGAGACGAGCGUGCAAGGCGCGCUGAGCGGGGGACAGGCCGCCUGGAGGGACCACUACCAGCAGACGGAGGAGCACCUGAGGGCUCACGCGGAGCACCUCAACGCGGGCCUGGACGCACGGCUGCAGCAGACGCGCUUGCUGACCGGCACGGUGCACGGCACUGCAGAGGCGCACGAGGCGGCACUCGAGGGGCAGCGCCUGGGGCUGGGCGACUUCGUCCGCGGCCGCCAGGACGCGGCCGAGGAGCAGUGCUCGCGCGUGGCCGAGUGGAGCCACGCUGCCACCUCCGAGGUCCGGCGUCUCGACAGCGACCUCGAGAGGUUCAUCGGCGAGGACCUGCGCAUGGACCUAUCCAGAGAUCCAACUUCUCAAGGGGUCCACUACAGACUCUCAUCAGUGCUGUCUUCUCGGGAGGAGUUGCUGGAUGAGAUCAGAGCCUACGCGCACAUGAUAGCAGAUGAGAAGGCAAUGGAGGGCCCAACUCAUGAGAGCAUAAGCAGUAUCAACAAAGCCAAAGUGAGCCAAGAUUACAUCAGAAAAUUGGGCAAACACAAACGGGGAAGACAGUGACAAAAAUAAAUUACAAAUGUUUCUACGCUUAGAAGAGACAAUACCUAUCUGAAGAUAAAUAAGCUGCAAUAUAAUAUUGUAGAUGUGUUUUAUUGUCUAAUCAAGUGAUUAACCACGGACAAUGAAUGUUGUAUGCUGCAUUUAAUAUUGUACCUAAUUAAGUUAUUUAAUUCAUUGUUAGGUCCCAUAGUUUCUACCAUCUUUUUUAUGCCAAGUCUGUAUUUUAGUAUUCAGUUGUUUUUAAAUGUAAUUAGGUUUGGAAAUUGUUUUGUGCAUGUAACUUAUGUGCUGUGUGUUUAGUAAAGAAUUUUUUUUUUUUU